GAUUUUGCGACAGCCUUCUCAUUCGUCCAAAGUACUGAAGAGCACCGACCACCCCCGAUCAACAGCCAAAACCUCACUCAAAAUACACCUCACCUCCCCCACGACACAUGACCUUCAUCGCGACCAUCAUAAGAGAGAAACAAGAAAGGCGAUAACGAUUUUCCUUAUCGGUUGAAACUCCACGGACGCAAACGCAAUCCACUCCAACAACUAAACCUCCCCAAAAUACUUCAUUCUUCACUUGUAUUAUUGUGAUUAGAGUGCUUUAUCUGUUUUUGUUUUUGUUUUAUUUUGUCUUCCUCGAAUCGUUUCUCCUGUCUCUUUGUUUACAAAACUUGAUUUAUAUUUUGAGGAUAUACUUCUUGACAUUCUUUUCCACCAAAGAAAAGAAUAAGAGCAAUCGCAAAAGUACUUCUCAACCAACUUAAAUAAUCCCUCCUGUCGCAACAAAUCCAUCCAUCUUACGACCAAAAAUAAAACUAUCGGAAUUCAAACAAAUUUUAGAGAAUCGAUAUAUCCGAUCUUGUCGCAUUGCUUUUCUUUCAAUUUCUCCAACUUCAACUACCAGUCCAGAGCUAUCUUCUCAUCAAUUUUGUCGCAAGCAAUACCUCUGUAAAUAGAGGAUCUCUGUUUGUUGAUGGCCGUCAUGACCACCCAGCACUCAGAAGAUGUAGCUUUGGAGCAAAAGGCAAUACCCGUUCCAUCAUCUGAUACGAUGGCUUUGGAUCUUAAUAUCAACGGAUCUUCUACUCGAGAUGAUACCAGAACUGAAGAACAACAAACAACCUCUGAUUUUGAAUUGAAAAAUUUCCCUGCGCCCGAAGUCACCAAUUCUGAAUCCGCUGAAAUCGCCUCAACGCUAAAGUACGAUGGGGACUCGAAUGUAGAAUCGCAUGCCAUGAACAGUUCCAUUCCUCAGUCCACAUUAGCUGAAUCGCAUGCGCAAGAUUCUCCCGAGAGUCAAAACGUAUCCCAAAUUCAAGACUCGAACACAACGGUUUCCGACGAGCCUCCAAAAGCAACUGAAGAACCAGACCGUACUGUAUCGGAUCUACCUACACCAGCUGAUUCAGUACCUGAAGCUGCAAACGAUAAUCUCGCAUCUACACCAUUUGUACCUAUUGUUGCAGCUUUUGCGUCCGAUAUACCGGAUGAAGUAUCUCCACGUACUCAAGUACCGGAAAUUACGCGACAACUCUCAUUACCAGCUUCAGAGAACAAGGCAGAGUCAUUGACCUUUGAACGAGAGACUUCCGCACCAGCACAAGAGACGAAAGACGAAAGUGUUGACGGUAUGAAUCUUAGCUUCGAUGCGCCCCGACCCGAUCUACCCCCAUCAUCUCCCAACAAUGCCCCACCUUCUGUUGACAUGGAUCUUUCUCCAAAGCCGGAGCAAGCAACUGCAAACUCCACUCAAGAAUUCGCGGCUGCCAACCUUGGUACAAGUGAUGUUGAUAUGACAGAUGCGCCCGCACAACCACAGGUUACAAAAGUUGCUCGUGAGCGGGAGGAUGAUGGCGAUGAAGAACCAUCCGCCAAACGCACUAAGACCGAGGAAAGUGAGGAACCUCGAAUCCCUUCGUAUGUCGGAACCCCAGCUCCUGCGCAGAACGGAGUAACUACAAACGGUGUUUCGUCCUCCAAUGGCGAUGUGUCGCGCCCAAUCACUCAACAUGAGACCAAAGAGAUCAUUAAAAUCAUCAAAAAUGUUAUCAAGACUGCAGCUGGAAAGAAUUUUAGAGUUCCAGUCGCAAUUCUCUGGCCUGGGUUCGCAGAUGCUUAUGCACAAAAAGUUAAGAAUGAGGUUGAUUUGAGUACCAUGGAGAAGAAGAUCAAGAGUGGUGAAUACCCUUCGAUCCAAGCCAUUAAGGAUGAUGCCGUGCUUCUCUACGAAAACGCCAUUGCUUUCAAUGGUCUUGAUAAUCCCAUCACGGCCGCUGCCCAUGAUGUGAAGACAUCGAUUAUCACUAAGCUAGGUAGUCUACCACCCGAGCCACCAGCCCAUGUUGCCAAAGCUCAAGUCAAGAAACCUAAGCGACCCACGCCUUCUCUUGACACUGCUGCCCGUACUCCUACUGCUAGAAGACCAUCUCGCGGAUCUACUGGCGCUGCUGUACCUAUGAGUGCUCCAGCCCCAACUUUUGCUCUUGAUCCAGUCACCAGUACGCCGUUAAUCCGCCGGGAUUCAACAAAAGAUGGCAGGCCGAAGCGUGAAAUUCAUCCACCAAAGAACAAGGACUUACCUUACUCUUCCGCGAGACCUAAGAGCAAGAAAUAUUCUGUCGAGCUCAAGUGGUGUGAAGAGACACUGAAUGAACUGAAGAAACCAAAGUAUUUGGCGUUUUCUAAUGCUUUCAUGGAACCUGUUGACCCUGUCGCAUUGCAAAUUCCGAAUUAUUUUACUGUCAUUAAAUCGCCCAUGGAUAUCUCCACUGUCUCUGAAAAGCUUCAAAAUGGCGCCUACACCAGAGCGAAGGAGUUUGAACAAGAUGUGAAACUCAUUUUCCACAAUUGUUACAAGUUCAAUCCAGAAGGCAAUCCCGUCCGUGUCAUGGGUCAGCAAUUUGAGGAGGUAUUCAAUGGACUUUUAGCUAGGAAGGAUCGAUGGAUCGCUGAUCAUCAACCCGUUGCUGUGACUCCCGACAGGGAUGAAGAGAGCGAGGAGGAAGAGGAGAGCGAAGAUGAGCCAGAGCCCGUUCAAGAAGCAUUACAAGGUGCAGCUACCGCCAGACUUCUUUUCGAACAAGCCAAGCUUAUUGAUAUGCUAUCAAAACCGGAGUCCCCAGAUGCCAUUGCCCUGCAGAGAAAAAUUCUUACUUUCAUUCAAGAAACUGUCGAGAAAGAAAAGGCGGCGGCAAUUGCCAAGAAACCUAGCAAGAAAUCAAAGCCCUCUAAACCAUCCAAGAAAGUUACCACAACGAAGAAGAGCACUACUGGACCUCCGAAGAAAUCUGGAGGAGUUCGUAAAGAAAGAUCCCUAGGAGUUAUCGAGAAAGAAGUGAUUUCCCAAGGAAUUGGCCAAUUACCCGACCACAUCACCGCAGAAAUCAUGGAAUUGGUCAAAGAAGCUCAUCCAGAGAUGGUGGUCGAGGAAGAUGGUACUAUUGAAAUGGAAAUUGAAUCACUACAAGUACACCUUCUCUGGAAGAUCUAUGAUAGCGUUGCCAUCCAUUCACCAGAAACUGUCGUCAAUGUUAAAGCGCAGUAUCAGGAUAAGAAGGAAGAGCCUCGUGCUAUGACCAAACCUCUUCCAAAGAAGAAGAACAAGCCCAUGACGAAAACUGAGCAAGAACGAAAAAUCGCACUGCUCAGAGAAAAGGUUCAAGAUUUCAAGAAAGGCCCAGGAUCAGCUUCUCAAGAACCCAUUGAGAGCGUCGAGCAACAUACGCAAGACGAAUCAAGUGGUGAUGAGUCUUCAGAUUCUGAAGAAGAGUAAUCUCAUCUUCAAUGGACCUCCAUCCUGGUUGCGAACUUGGGAGCUCGUACUUCAUGCCAAUCAUCGGGAUUCGUUGCGACAACUCUUAAGAAAAUGGCCUUUCAAAUUGUACAUCAUCUUUCCCAAACACUUUUACGGGCACGUUGUACAAUACCAAACGUUUCAAAAACUCGUUGACAUCCCAUUUGAUAUCAUGCAUUCCAUUCAUCGACUUACAACUGUUCUUCGAGCUUUCCACUUUUGAGAAUCCGGUCUUUGGAUUGCCUUGAAGCAUCAAAUGGGAUCAGUCGAUGUAGCACGUGCUUUAUGCAUUCUUCAAAAUAUUCGUGACAUCGUGAAUUGGGGAAAAUGUGAGAUGGGAUGGAGGAUUGGAGGACAGUAAUUGAGUUUUGCUUUUUGAUUUACACAUGCUGCCAGUACCGCUCUCAUGCGUGCUGAUAAUGAACCUUGAUCGAUCGUUGACCAAUUUACUCUUUCAUUUUGGUAGGAUGACCUUGAUUUAGUUGCUUGAUUACCUCGCGCACUUUGAUUCAUUGUUGUGGCGAGUGAUGGAAGGAGGUGGUGAAGGGAAAUCGUAAUUGAAGGGGGUGAUUGGGAUGAAGUGUAUGAUAUCAGAGGUGGGGUGGAUAGUUUCUUUUUGCAAAUAUGCAAGUAAGAAAUGAAUUAUUUAGUGAAGAACGCUGGUGCUUAGGCGAGCGAAGGCAAGCAAAUCUGAUAAGAUGAAUGCUAGGAGAGGAGUCAUUAAACAAAAUAUCGGAUCAGCGAAUCGACUGAAAAUAAAAGGAUAGUUAAGGAAACAUACAAACCUCCCUAUUCACUUUACUUUCCCAUGCGGAGGUGAGUGGGAAGUCAGGUAGUUUGAUCAUAUCAAUCCCAAUAAAAAUUAUUAUAC